ACGACGUGAACUUUACGGACGUUUGUGGGGAGAUGAUGCUCUAACUACUGCUACAGUCACAUCGAUACGGGCUAAUCACGUGAUCUUGUUUAAAUGAUUUACAAGUACGGGAUAACGUGAGAAACGUUACGCCGAGAGACCGAAAGUUGUACAACAACAUCGGGUCUGUUUGUUCAAGCUCAAGAGGCCAUGACGUAAGUGUACGGGGCAUCGACGCGUGGCGCUAGCGCGCGUGCCUUAUCUAAUCAACUUUACACGAAUAUCCCGUAUGCAAUCGAAGUGAUGUCGGCGGGCCGUCUUUGAACGACAAUUGCAGGCAAACGAAGACGCUCAGCAAGAUCGAAGACACACGGUAGGAAACGUCAACGCCUAUUCCAUCCACCGUAACUUUCGAUUCGGCAGCGCAUCGCAUUCCUGCCGAGCUACGACCGUUUGUUUGCGUGGCUGCCAUCUUGGAUCACGCGCUCGUACAAUGGAUGCCCGCGCCGUCAUCCAGGCCUUCAAAGCGCAGAGAAAGCCUCCGUACGAGUGUCCCCUCUGUCGCAAAACGUACAAAAGCUUUUCUGGCGCCGAAUACCACAUACUUCGAGCGAGACACGCCGAUGACGGCUCAUGGGUCCCCAGCACGCCAUCUCGCCUCACACCGCGCUCUCCGAAAUACAAGCGAAAGCAAAGAAAAAAUGCGUCUAGUGCAGCGACGCCGUUGGCGCGUCCGAAAUCGCCGUCGUCGCCACCGGAUCGCGUCGAGACGCUCUCGUUUGAAGACUCGCAGCGACUUGUUCUCUUCGAUUUGAAAUGUGGCGCAGAGAGGUGGCCGAUUGAGGACUGUAUUGACGUCGAGACGCGUGACGAGACGGUGAGUGAUAGUUUGGAAAUGGUAAGAGAUGUUGAUGAGGUCGGAGACGAUGGGAGGAAGAGAGGGAAGGAUGUAGAGGAGGAAGAAGGGAAAGAGGAGGAGGAAGAUAUGGUGGCGUUUGAUGACGCAAAGAGCGACAUCGUGGGGGGAGACGAUGCGCAAGUUGUGAGGGAUGAAGUCGGGGAGACGAGUGAAAGUAUGAGCGUGAGCGGGGAGUAUGAGGGGAAGUCGGUCGCUGCCAAGCAACGUGACGGAGAAAACGUGACGGACGAGAGAUUGACUUCGAGUCGUGAUAGAGAGUCGGACGACGAGUUGAGUGUUGUGGCUGCGGAUUUGGAGGCGAGCGCCGUCGAGAAUGUCGAGAAAUGUGACGACGCGAGUGAUGCCGGUGAUGUGGAUUGCGCGCAGGGCGCGGCGUCAGACCCGCGCCCGACCAAUGAUGACGCGGUUGAUGAUGAGGCUGUCGUUCAUAAGGCGCCGCCUGUGACGAGGAAACCGGGCCAAACGCCGAAAGCAAGGAAGACGCCGAAAAACAGUCGUAAGGUUCAGCCACCGUCUUUACCUAAAGCAGAUUUUAGAGACAUUGAAGAUUUACCACCGAGAGUGACAAUCGGCGAAGAGCCAUUUGACUUUAGAACAUUUGAAUCAAUGUCAAUCAGUCAACUCGAGGAAACAGUAGAAUACGAUAUGGAUGAAGAAGACUGCGAGUGGCUCAAGGAAUUGAACAAGCAGAGAGAGAGCGAAGGCGUCGCUUGUGUAUCUGACUCUGAUUUUGAGCUGCUAAUGGAUCGUUUAGAGAAAGAAUCGUGCUUCGAGAGUCAUCGCGAGGGCGACGCUCCAGAGGCAAAUAUCGACGAGAACGCCGUAUGUUGUAUUUGUCAAGAUGGAGAGUGCCAGAACAGUAAUGCCAUCCUCUUUUGUGAUAUGUGCAACAUGGCUGUCCACCAGGAAUGCUACGGAGUGCCGUACAUCCCUGAAGGUCAAUGGUUAUGUCGUCGAUGCUUGCACUCACCGUCUCGUCCCGUUGACUGUUGUCUUUGUCCGAACAAGGGAGGCGCAUUCAAACAGACCGAUAACGGCCAAUGGGCACACGUCGUCUGUGCUCUCUGGAUACCCGAAGUCGGCUUUGCUAAUCCUGUUUUUCUUGAGCCAAUCGAUGGUAUUAAUGAAAUCCCUGCCGCACGAUGGCGUCUCAACUGUUGUAUUUGUCGGCGAUGUCAAGGUGCUGCUAUCCAGUGUGUUCGUGCCAAUUGCUACACGGCGUUUCAUCCCACGUGUGCGCAACAAGCCGGAUUGUAUCUCAAGGUAGAACCAGCUACAGACUCGCGUACCGGCGAGCCGACCGUCCGAAAAGUCGCGCUUUGUGAUGUCCACACCCAGUUGGAUUCCGGAUGUUCGACUGCUGUUAUCGAGAACGAAAACGUCGGCGAUGAAAUUCACAACGUAGCCACAGCAUCACCAAGACGGAGAUCUAACGCGAUGCUGCAUGAUAAAAUCAGGCAACAAGCUCAAGAGAAUUUCAAGAAGUCUCGACAUUUACUGGAAGAGAGAGGGAAACAAGCGAUGCCAGUUGUGUCUGUACCGCGUGUGUCAGUUUACAGAUUGGGAAAGAUUGCGAGUCAAGUGACGAUAUCGAAAAAGUUAGACUUUGUGAUGAGACUGCAAGCGUAUUGGAUGUUGAAACGACAGUCGCGGAGUGGAGUUCCGUUGCUCAGACGACUGCAAGCUACACAGCAGCUACAACGAUCAGCGACUGAAGAGGAAGAAGAAGUUGCUGAAUUAAAGAAACAAAUUCAGCUAUGGCAGACCCUUCAGCAUGAUCUAGAGAGUUCACAGAUGCUUCUCGAGUUAAUCCAAAAGCGUGAAAAUUUAAAGAGAGAAAUUCUGGAAUUUCAACAGCAAGUCACGUCGCUGAAACUUGAUCCGUUCACGAUUAUUCUACAACAGAUGGUGAACGUACUGAAGGCUCGUGAUACGUCGAAAGUCUUCUUGAAACCUGUUUCAAUACACGAGGUUCGUGACUAUCUGGAUGUUAUUGAUAAUCCUAUGGAUCUCAGCACAAUGGAGAUCAAGGCGAAGCAGCACAAAUAUGCCAACAUCGACCAGUUUGUUAGCGAUUUUGAUUUGAUGGUUAACAAUGCGAUGAUCUAUAACGAUAAGGAGUCGUAUUACUAUCGAGCUGCAAUGAAAAUGAGAGAAGUUGGGGGUGCAGUGAUUCGAUCGUUUAAGCACAGUCUUGUUCAGACGGGAAUUGAUGAGAAGACGGGAAUGCAUUCGAAGGAACUGCCUUGUGUGACAGGAAAGAUGUCGAAAGGCAACUCUAUUAGUAUCCCACCGACGUCGGCUCGACCAGAUCUACCGGCUGACGCUCAACUGAAAGAUCUCCAGAAGAAGUUGGCUGCAGCAUACUCAAUUCGACAUGUCGGUGCUCGUGUGCAACGAGUCAAACAACUAAAGAAGGAGAUAGGACUCCUAAGGCGAACGCUGGCUAAAGAUCCGUUUUACAUUCCUGUAAGGUCAGCAGUGAAAUCUGAAAGGCCGCAAGCUACAGGUUUGUAUGCCACUCUGACUGCUCAUCGGCGUUCACUACGUGGUCCAGCUCCUCAGCCUGGCAGCAAAGAGGAGAAAGAGAGCAAACGAAUUCACUGGAACGUCAUCGACAUGGGAGUGCGACGUUGGGCCAAAGAAUGCAAAGUCGAGAACGCAAACGCGACGUCAGAGACAGACGACAGCCGAGAUGACAACUACAGCCCAGACACAACAAAUCUGGAUGAAGGCGAUUCGUGUGGAGAAGACCACAGUGACAACGAUCAAUCAGUGGAGACACGUGGAGACACUACCAGACAAACAGAAACGGAUGAAUUCGAGAACGUCAAGGAGCAGAUCAACCGCGCUCGUGUGAAAUCAAACAAGAAGAAAAUCCGCAGAAAAUACGAACGACGAAGAAGCAGCCAGAGGAAAGAGCGUUCAAUCAGUCGAGAUAGCAGCUGCGACUUGGACAGUGUAGUCAAUGGACCGUCAGUGCAGUCGGACAGAAAUGAUGACAACCCAUCACCACACGUUACACCAACAGUAAAGACAGUAGAGCCACAUAGAACCGAGGCACAGCAAGAGAACGAGGCGGACACCCCGAACAACCAUCCAAUGACACACAAGAACAGACUCGCACGACAACCUCAACCAAUCAGAGAGCAACCGGUCGCCACACCGCCACAUUCACUCAAACCAAAACGAUGUCGCCGCGGCAUCAAACGGACAUCGUCUGUUCACUCAGAAACGACUCAGAAACGACCGUGUUUAGACCAGGAAACAAGUCAGAAAGAGACUGUAACAACGAACGGCAUAGAGACGAUCCACCGACGGGACUGGACGCCACCGAACGGUUUGAGGCUCUCGACGUCGUCCGACUUCACCAGUAAAUCGGAACGAGAAAUUUCACAGACGCCGAGUGUGCCAUCGCCGCGUAGUCUAGACAGUAAUCCGUGUAGGACGAGCAGCGUCAGUAGCACGGAUUCACACGAGAGCGUUCUCUCACCGCUGACUCUAGUGUGGGCGAAAUGUCGAGGUUAUCCGUCGUAUCCAGCGUUGAUUGUGGAUCCGGAAAUACCGAGAGACGGUUUCUGUCACAACGGGGUACCAAUCCCUGUACCUCCUGACGAAGUAUUGGAGCUGAAACAUGAAGAGUACGACUACCUCGUAUUGUUUUUUGAUGCCAGGAGAACGUGGCAGUGGCUACCGCGUCUAAAGCUCAAUUACCUCGGCGCCAAUGAAGAGGUUGAUCAGUUGAAGCUCCAAGAGGGAAAGAAAACAUCGUGGAAACGGUCCGUACAGGAGGCAUUCAAACGGGCGAUCGCUCAUCAGCAGAAAGUGAAUGGUGAGUUGCCUGUGACGAGCGAGAGCGAGUGUACAGAGAGCGGUGAGGACGAUGAGUAACACAGCUGAUUGCCUAUAGGAAUAAGAUGCAAUAGAAUCAAUGCAAUCGAUGAUGGAAUUGUAACCUCGUAGAGCAACUCUACAGUCGCUUGAGUUAGAAUUCUCUCUGUACAUACGUACGUAUAUUUUGUAGGAUCCCUUUCUUGCAUACAAAAAGUCCAAUAAAUGUUUUGCUAAACCGUUGGCUCUGAUGGCUUAGAUUUGGAUGACAUGGUAGUAUCGAGUGCAAGUGGCUUAUGUAUGAUUAG